AUGAAAGAAUCCAUCAUCAAUGUCAGCAAAGCAUUCGACCUACUCUUCCAUGACGAUCUCAACGGGGCCAGGGUGCUACUCCAGCAACAGACUCAGUCCGACCAGCCCUAUCAGCAUGUCGCACUGGCACUGAUCGCCUUCAUCGAGGCCGUCUUGUCCAUGGAGGAACAGAUGAUAUCAAAGGCCAUAGAAUCGCUACUGAAAUCGGAAGAAGCUGUCAAACAGGCUAAAACCGCGCUCGCCUCAUCCAGCUCGACCGAUUCUAAUCAGGCUAUUGCUCAACAUUGGUGGACGCCCGGUUUGGAGUACGAUAUCUUACUGGCCGAUCUCAUGAUCUUCCAAGCAAUCCUCCACUUUUUGGCCGAGACGAUCUCAGAUGGAAUGAAAGGGAUUUACAAGAUUACGAAAGCCUAUAAAAUUUUCUCGAGUGCUCAUCAAGCGGUGUUUUCCGAGCUUCAAGCGACGAAUCCAAUCUCUAGUCUGACGUCACAUGCGGACGAGGAGCCAGGGAUCGAGCCAUUCCGGGCGACGAUCCAAGAGCUAUACCAGAAGCCCAAGCCGCAUCCCUCGACGCUGACGAGCUCGUCAUACUUCAGUGGAUUCAGUCUGAGUCUGUACAAACGGAAGAAGCCGGCCGGCCCUGGUUCCUCGGAAAACGCUGCGGGCGCGGCGCCUAAGUACAAAGCAUGGACGGACGACCCGAUCGCAAGCCUGGUCAUUGGAGGCACCGCGUUCGGCUACGGCCUCUUCGGCCUCAUCCUCAGCUUUCUCCCACCCAAGGUAAAGAAACUCUUGUCCUGGGUCGGCCUCAACGGGCCCAACACCACCGACAGAACCGAGACCAUCCUCGAGCGCAACCGUUGUCUCCGCUGGCUCAACUUUUCUCAUGCCUCUUGUCGCUGGGAGAUGCAUGGGAAAUUAGCCGGCUUGGGUCUGCUCACCUAUCGGUCCGCUAUGCUCAAAGCUGUCGGAUGGCUCGCAGCUCGGGAUCGGUCUCUCCAAGCAUACGAGUCGUUAGUCGACUGUCUGGCUUAUAAAAACCCAACGAUUGACGAAAACGAACAGGGCGCAUUAUGGAUCCUUCAUCGUUCGAAACUGCUAGCCAUGCAAGGACACACCGAAGAGGCGAAGAGACUCAUCUCGACUCGACUACACCCUAAAGCCGAUUCCAAGAAUCCUCUCCCCCCGAAAUUCAAACAUGCUGUCGGCAUGUUGUAUUAUGAAUACGCACUCGUUUGCGUCAGAUUGGCUGAUUGGUCUGGGGCUGGCGAGGCCUUCCUGUCCAUGAAAAAAGAAAACGCUUGGGAGGGUAUCUUCGUGAUGCAAUUAACAGGGGAAAUGCCGCCACAUGAGUUGUUGGUCACACGCAAGCUGGCAGAGUACAAAGCGAAACACGCCGAUCUGGCACUCAAAGGUUCCGUCCGACCCGAUCGGGUGGAAUGUUAUUGGGAUUCGAUUCAGAUCAGUCCGAUUGAAGGCAAGCAUAUUAAUCUACAUCCCGAAUGCUGCUCAGUUUGCUGUUCACUGAUGGGCACGAAACUUGGAUUGUUGAUGGCCAUUUAUGAUGAUUCUCCCAAGACGAGUCUGGUUUCUGGGAUCCGACGGUUGUGCGGCCUAAGUCCGCGGGUCGAAGUAGAUUUCGAGACUCUUCCGGCUCUUACGAACGCCGAACAGAUUGGGGAAGAGCCUGCACUGUCGGAAGAGAAAAAGAGCCCUUCAAAGCCGGACGAUUCCAAACAGGACAAGGAGUCACCCGUGAUGAGCCUGUCGAAAGAAGAACAGGGUUUGCGCGACUUGCUGUUGGCCGUCCAGUUUCUCAACCUCGGCCAAUUCGACCAGUCACGUCGAUUCCUGAAUAACAUCAUUCUCCCCAACAAUUCUCGCUCAUCUUCAGCGACCGGCCAAGCGCCACCGCCGCAACAAGAAGCUAUGGGCGGCACUCUGGAAUACAAUUAUAUCUCCGCUCUGAUCUGCAAAGCGUUAGUCGAGCUCAACGAAUUGGAUGGAUUGUUGGUGGCCCAUUCAUCAACAUCACCGUCUUCUGUUCAACAAGAAAAACCGGCUCAUCAGAACCUCCCGAUUGCUGAGAAGGUCGCAGAAGGUAAAGCCUCGACUGCUGGCCCGCUUCUCGAUAUCAAGCGCGGGAAUGAAGAGGAACAACAGACAUAUGCCGCAUUGUGUCUCUCGAAACUGCGGACGGCUGAUUCGGUCCUGAAUUCGAUGCUGGAGUUGUCAGAAAGCUAUCCUAUGAGGGGGAGGACUGAAUCGAAGAUCCAACUGAUCAAAGACGAGAUUAAUGAGAAGCUCGACUCUCUCAACCUUCUCUUCAAGCUCAACCCCGCCAAGUGA